UAGGCUCAAAAGAAGGGGCAGCAUAUUGUGAUUUUUGCAACAUUCCGAGUGGUUGGAGUUCAGAGAGCCGGAGCACAAGAAGCUCCGAGAGGGUGCUAUGACCUUGCAGCAGACUCCAAGUAGCUUCAUCCUCGGGGAGAACAUCAGUCCCAACAUAGGGGAUGAUGAAGAGAGCAUGACUCCGCAUCCAGGGCGGCAGACACCGAUCUGCCAAAGGAGGCCCUUGCAGCCGAGAUUCAGCUUCAAUUGCAUGGCUCUUUCACCAACCAAACGCCGCAAGCAGAGCCAUUCCGAGGAAUCUCCCUUGAAGCUUUCGAAAGAUGAAUGCUCUAGAACUUUUCGAACUCCCCGUACAGAAGCUCCUUGCUUCAGCUUGUGGCUUGAGGUCUUCAGGCGGCUGGGUGCCGCGGAUAUUGUCACAAAGGCGGCACCUGUGUGCAAGCAAUGGAGGGAAGUGGCACAAGGGAAGGAGCUUUGGUCCCUUGCGGCCCAUCAUCUUCGGCUUGUGGAUCAGUUUGUGGUCAUUGAGAAGCUUGUUGAAAGACGGUCGAAAGGCCGUAUUUUCAAGUGCCGUCGGCUUGGCUCAGAAGAUGUGGUCCUUCUGCGCGUCGUGGAUUUGGAGCUCACAAAUGCAGGAAAGGAUGAUGGGGUACCCACAUCCUUCAUCCGAGAGGCGGCUUUGCUUUCAGAGCUUCGGCAUCCAAAUGUGGUCAGGCACUUUGGAGCCGAGAUCCUGGACAAGCGUGCAGUCACGUGCACAGAAUUUGUGCAUGAGAGUUGGAGUACUUGGUUCAAAAGGCUAGAAAUCAAAUUGCCUGCCCAGCGCAUGGCAGAAGUUCGAGAGAAUUUCAUGCAGAUGCUCACAGGGCUCCACUUCUUGCAUCACAAAGGCCUCAUGCACCGCAACUUGAAGCCAGACAACAUCUACAUCGACCAGUGGGGAACUGUGAAGAUUGGUGAUUUCACCACGACAAGAAUGCUUGACGUUCCCUUCCAGGCUUACACUCCAGAAGAUCCAAAGGAGAGAGAUCGGUCAGGUCGCGAAAUGCGACGCUUGUGGUACCGGUGUCCUGAGAUGAUUUUGCGACAGGAGAUCUAUGGUCCAAAAGUGGACACAUGGUCUGUCGGGUGCUUGUUUGUUGAAGCCUCGACUGGACGGACGCUUUUUCAAUCAGAUUCAGAGAUCGACCACCUUUUCAGGAUCUUUCGCCUUUUGGGCACCCCAACUCUGAGAAAUUGGCCGGAGGCUGUCACAGCGAAGAACUUCUCUCCAAAGUUCCCCUUGUACGAUGGCUUUAGCUUUCCACAAGUCACUCGAGCUGCAUGUUUGAGAAGUCAACAGGAUCAGGAGCUCUUGUUGCAGCAGGCACAACCAGAUCGAGAGGACUUCCUGCAGCACCUAACUCAGAUGGCCAGAGUGGUAGGUGUGGAGGGCAUGGUUUUGCUCGACCUCUCGGUGACCAUCCCACCCUCAUCAAGAGCAACAUGUGAAGACAUCUUACAGUUGCCCUUUUUUGACCGAAGAAGGCUGCAUUCACAGCAGCCCAUAGACCCUAUGACAGAGCGGUGGCUGACCGGGCGACAACCGCAGCUUGGUGGAUCACCAUGGACAGGCAGGAUGCCUUCAUUGCGUGAGAGAAAUGCAGUGCCAGUUCUUCCAGAUAGCCCUGAAUUGCCUCCUGUAGCCAUACCGUCCAGCUUGAUGAACUCACAAAUGGUGUGGGACAUCUUGAAUGUCAUGCUCGAACAGGAGAAAACCUCCUGGACUUUGGAGGAUUGGUCACUGCCCCCUCAGUUCGAUGCAAAUGCCCGUGCAGCUCAUGUGGAUUUUAUCAUUGCUUUGACGACCAAGCUGUUCUUGAGGAGUGGCACUGCCCAUUUGGCUUGUGCAAUCUUCGACAAGUACCUGACUCUACAGCAGAGGCCUGUCGUGCCAGACCACAUCAAGGUGGUUGCGACAACUUGCCUCAAGAUUGCAGAUUGCUUUGCAGAACAAAGCAAGGAGUACUACAAGCAAGAAAAUGCAGUGGAGUAUGCAGAUGCCGCCGUAGGCCUCGGAAAGUCAGUCACUUCUUCGCAGUUGCUUACAUGUGAGAAGGAGAUGCUUCCCAAGCUCAAUUUCAAGCUUCACCAUCCUACUAUUCAAUGGUUCUUGCAAUGCUAUAUCGUCUAUGCCAGGUUGUCAAUGGUUGAUGACGUGGGGAAAACGGCAUCGUUCAUUGCUGAUCUGAUGUUACUUGACUUUGAGAUGCUCAUCUACGCACCAUCAUUGAAAGCACAGUGCGCUGUGUUGAUGGCAGCGUUUUUGGUGCAAGAAGCCGAGUCGCAUCCACCCCUGGCAGAAAAAGAAAAGGCGAAGAUGUUGCCCGCUCAGUCCAAUUCAGUUUGUGCAAUUUCACAAGGAAAGGUGUCAUUGUUGGAGCAUUGGGACAAUCAGAUCCGCGACUCAGUCUGUAGGGCCAAUUUGGCCGUGGAUACAUCCAUGUGCCUGCAGGCUGUGGUGCGGAUGCUUUUAGACAAGCGCCGCGAAUGGAAGAGUUUGCAAUUAAAUGCCGUUGAGACCAAGCAUGCGCAGAUCGCCAGGAAACUGGCUUACCCAGAUCGUUUCCCCAUCCUCAAGCUGGUUCCGUACAUUUUGCCGAACAGCCAGAUACGUUUGAUCCCAGGAUGAGGCCACAAAUAGUGCCAGCGCGCUGUAGUGGUCGGCCUAAUUCAAGUGUAGAAAACUAGGUUGCGACAACAACCUGCCAAAUUCCGCAAGGCAUUGAAAAGAAGCUUUUUUCGCGACCAAUGACUGCGAUUUCAUUGCUGUGAAGCAGAGCGGGCUUUUUGAGCGAGUGUCUUGAAGCCAUUUUUUGCCUCAACUGCA